GUGAUUUCAACUUUUCUAGUUUCUACACAUCUGACGUUGUCAUGAUUAUUUGAACAGAUUUUUAUGAUCUGAUGAUUCUGAUCUUUUUGACAAAUUCACACCCAAGUGAACUAGCCCUAAUGUUUCACUCAUCUCCCUAUCAGUUUAUUGCGUGUGGACGUCGUGGAAAACUAGAAAUCAUGUCGUUCAUUUUUCCUGCUGAUCAUUUCCCCAUCUUUAACGCCAUUGCCGUGCCAGGCAUACCCCCCGAAGAGUUUGGCCCGCCGCUGUGCUGUAAUCCGUACUCCGCGCUGUAUAAACGAGCCGUGUCUGGGAUCGAGGGUGGCGCCCGUGGCGGAUAUGAGUUUGUCCCAAAAGACGAAGAAAUCAGCCAGAAACGCAUGGAAGUGCUGUACAAUGUAGUGGACGAUGCCUAUGUGCGCAGGGUGCGCGGUAACAAGAAGUCCAAAUCGGAAUGGAAAAACGGUGUAUGGAGAUGCUGCAAUGUGGAUAGAAAGGUGGAGCACGACUGGGGAAUGGCUUACUUGGCACGAAAAGAUAUCGAUCUAGAUGAAAGUGCACCGCAGUAUCGUCAGGAAUGGAAAAGCGCAGAUCCUGGAAAACAGGGCAGCUUUCUGAAGGGUGUUAUAGAAUGGAGAUUUAAUCUGCGAAAAGCUGGACUUAGAGUCAAGAAUCUCGAACUGCGCGUGCCGUAUAAAGUGUAUCGCGAUGGGGACGUGGUGGUUACUGUAUGUUCGCGUGAUGAUUACACUGUGCUCCUCGAUUCUCAAACCUUGAAAUCCGUCCCGCGAGCGGUAGGAUGGGAUGAUUUUGUCAUACGGGCCGAAUUGUCCGGCGUCCAAGGAAUCGCAUAUCAAAACGCACAACUAUUCCGACAGCCUCUGAAGACUGAUCGCAUGAAUGAAGAGUGGAAGCAUCCCUUUAAAGUGGUUAUUGAGAUGGAAGAAGCACAGAGCUCAUAAAAGCCUUUCUGUUGAUAUAUUGAUAUAUUCCUAUUUUUCGUGGUGUUUUAUUGAUUAGCCUUAGAAUGCACAGCGGUUUAGUCACUUUAGUGCAAAAUGUUUUUGUUACAAUAAUUAAGAAGCAAUGAUUCAUCAUGUGAAAUUUAUUUCGCGUGAUGAAAGAAGAACUCAAUAAAACAAAGGCAAG